GUUUGCGUGUAUCCAAGACGGAGUGAGAGCUAGCGAGCAGAGUCACAGUGACGAGGUGCACAGGUUUACAGCGACAACUACAGCGACACCAUGGAUGACACGACGUCGAGGAGGUCGGUGAUGGACGCACUGGACAGGAUGUCAGACAAACUGGACGUGGUAGAGAACGAGCAGGUCAGGAUGAACGGACGGAUCGGACGGCUGGAAGACUCCUUGUACGGCGAGAAGAGCCAGUUCAGUCCGCCAGAACAUAUGCAGCGGAUGGAAAGGGAAGAAUAUUAUGUCCCCGAACAGAAAGUCACAUUCAGCCCCAGUGCGCAGCCGCAACUGUCACAGGAGGAACCUGUGGUCUACCCGCCCCUGCCUCAGAAAUGUUCAUCCUGGCAACUCAAAUGCCGCGGGGAAGAACCUGUGGCCUAUCCGCCCCUGCCUCAGAAAUCUUCUUCCUGGCUACACAAAGGCCCCCGGCUCGUCGACCCACAAUCCAUGAACUACGACAAGUCCGGGAUGCGAUCCACCUACCAGUCGGACUACACCGGUUGCUAUGACUACAAUCGCGUGACGGGUGCAAGUAGACCGGCUGCUACGUUCACCGUGCCGACGUCGGGGCGCGUUCCCGGUACCAGGGUGGUCGCCGAGGACAUGAUGCAACAGCCGAUGGAGUAGACACGACGUGACGAUGACGGCAGUUGUGUUACCGGAAAUAUGUUAUCUUGGACUAUUCGGACACUGCAGAUUAAAACUUAACUAACUCUAACAUAUAACGUUUUUGUAUUAGUGAAGAAAUUAAAAUCGUACUUUCCUAUAAUAUAUACAUAAA